AGCUCCACCAUGCGAUAAUAGAACAUAAUUACACCUAUUUUGCACAAGAAAUGUAUAGAUAUCACUGCCGUGAAAUUAUAAGAAAAUUACCAGGUGUAUUGUGCAUUUUAUAGGGCAAUAUAGACUGUUUUAAUUAGGCCUUUUGUAGACCAAGUUAAUUUUGUUUAAAUAUGUCUUACAUAAUUUCUGUGGCAUGCCAUCAUACUUAAUGAUGUCCCUCCACAAAACAAGGUAGUAUAAUUUUGGUAAAUAAAUAAUACAUGUUAUUUAAAAAGUAUUCAACUGCAUGAAUGUAUGUAUCAAGACAGUAUGAUUGAAUAUGGGCAACAGUGUAUCCAGCUGUAGACAUAGGCUAUAUAGUUUUCAAUCAUGUCCGGAGGGGGGCGUAGAGAUGUCCGACAUUACUAAGUAACUUCUCAACUGGUAAAACUUUAGGUGUGGGCUAUGUCCUUGACAUGACAGCUCGAGGUGUUUCUUUACACAAACAACAACCAAAGCCUCGCGGGGUCAUUUGUAUGCAAUUAUGUUGGGUCUUCUUUUGAGAGUCGUGUUAAGGCCGGGCUCGGUGAAGCCAUGUCGCCUGGUCAAGCCAAUGUCAGUGACCAUCCUCCCAGAGAGGUCCUCGCAUCACCAGGACAAUUUGCCCAAGCUGCCCGUGCCUCCACUAAGGCAGACAUUUGAGCGCUACCUGUUGAUGCUGGAGCCCCUGCUCAGUGAGGAGGAGAUGGAUCACACACGCAAGCUAGUCAAGGAGUUCCUCAAUCCUGAGGGAGUGGGAGACAGGCUGCAGAGGAGCCUGGAGCGCAGAGCUAGCAACAAAGAAAACUGGCUGACAGAGUGGUGGAUGCAGUCAGCCUAUCUGGAUUCCCGGAUGCCUGUGGCAGUCUAUUCCAGCCCCGGGGUGGUCCUGCCCCGCAUGACCUUCCAAGAUCGCCAAGGACAAAUAAGGUUUGCUGCUAAAUUGAUUUCAGGAGUUUUGGAUUUCAAACAAAUGAUUGACAAUGAGACCCUACCUAUUGAGUAUUUGGGUGGGAAGCCUCUGUGUAUGGACCAGUACUACCAGAUCCUGUCCUCCUGUCGUAUCCCUGGACCAAAGAGAGACACUGUGGUCAACCAUGCUAUCGGGAAAGUGGCCCCUACUCACAUCACUGUGGUCCAUAACUUCCAGUUCUUUGUCCUGGAUGUGUAUAACAGCGAUGGCUCCCCACUGACGGUGGAUCAGAUUUACAUGCAAAUGGAGAAAAUCUGGAACUCAUCCCUGCAGAGCAACAAGGAGCCUAUCGGCAUCCUGACUUCCCAGCACCGCAACACCUGGGGCAAAGCCUACAACAACCUCAUUAAGGACAAGAUAAAUAAGGAGUCUGUCCGUGCUAUCCAGAAGAGCAUAUUCACAGUGUGUCUAGACGCCCCCAUGCCACAGAUGUCUGAGCAGCGCUACCAGAGCCGCGUCGCUGCCCAGAUGCUGCAUGGUGGAGGGAGUCGCUGGAACAGUGGCAACCGCUGGUUUGAUAAGACAUUACAAUUUAUUGUGGGUGAAGAUGGUACCUGUGGUCUGGUGUAUGAGCAUGCCCCAGCUGAAGGACCACCCAUUGUGUUCCUGGUGGACUAUUUGGUUGAGUACAUGGGAAGGAUGGAGGUAGUACGCGCUCCCAUGAUCCCUCUGCCCAUGCCUCCCAAACUGCGUUUCAAUAUCACACCUGAGGUCAAGAAGGAUAUUGAGUCGGCCAAACAGAAUAUGAACAUAAUGUCACAUGACUUGGAUGUGAACGUGGUCAACUUUGCUGACUAUGGGAGAAAUGUUCCAAAGGCUCACAAGAUGAGUCCAGAUGCCUUUAUACAAAUGGCUCUACAGCUUGCCUACUUCAGAAUGUAUGAGAUGUGCUGUUCCACCUAUGAGAGUGCGUCCCUGCGUAUGUUUGCACUUGGUCGAACAGACACAAUCCGCUCCUGCUCCAAUGAGUCUCUCAAAUUUGUCCAGGCAAUGGAGGACCUAGCUAAACCGAACACAGAGAAGGUUUCUCUAUUGGACAAGGCAUGCCAAGCCCACGUAGAAUACACACGCAUGGCAAUUCAUGGCCAGGCCAUAGACAGACAUCUCCUUGGCCUGAAGUUGCAGGCGAUUGAAGAACUGACGUCCAUGCCAGAGAUAUUCAUGGACACAGCCUAUGCUGUGGCUGAGCAUCCCAAUCUCUCCACCAGCCAGGCUGGUGCCAAGACAGACUGUGUGAUGUGCUUCGGUCCACUGGUGCCAGAUGGCUACGGAGUGUGUUACAACCCCAUGGCAGACCACAUCAACAUUGCCAUUACAGCCUUCAACAGCUGUGAAGAGACACAUGCUGCCAACUUUGGCCGGGCUAUGAAGAAGGCUCUGAGAGACAUGAGGUCUCUGCUGGAGGAGACAGCUAAGGCCAAGCAAUGAGUCCCCACAGGGGACAUGGCUCCUCUUUAUGGCUGUGUGGAACUGAACCUGUGCUGGAGGUAGUGGGGGAAACUGAAGCCACCCGUGUAUAUCUAGUGCUGUAACAUGGAGAGAGGAGAAUGCAAUGCGUUAGGUGGGCCUUGGGAAGAUUUUGGGCCCUUCAGGUAGACGUGAUGUGAGUGUUGGAGGGAAAAUCCUGUAGGAGAGACAGUCCUGUAAUAAGCAAAAUAAUAUCAAGACUGUAAAGCGAGUAUGACUGAUGGAAAGUUAUACAUUUCAUGUUGACUGAAAUGGGUGUAUCCUUUUCCAAAUAGAAAGUGCCAUAUGUCAAAGAAAGAUCCACACCAGAUCAUGGCAGAGACUAGACUCUUUUACAGGUGUACGAUCUUAAUUUGACCAGUUUCUCACAGCAGGACAAUAAUCCUGCAGCAACAGGAAAGGUGAAUUAUUAUGUGCGUUAUUUAAUGAACAUUUUUGUAGGGGUUGAUAAAUUAUUUUGUUAGGAUAAAUCAAGUCUGACAUUUUUAAAGUGGAAAUUGAAAACUUUAGAAAGCUGUGCAGGAAAAUCUUCUGCGACAACAGAGUGAUCGAAUUAAGAGAUUACAUCUGUCUGUUUUAAGUUAUAUUUAAAAGUCAUACAGUAUGUUGGCGCUGUCUUAACAUUUAUUUUUGUCGGAUUCUAUAGAUGUGUUUAUUCAGUUUGUUGACUUACAUAUUUGUUAUUUCAUAUAUAUAAAAUAAGUUCAAACAGUUCUAAGUUAUUUAAGUUCUGAAAAUGUGUGCCAUACUAUAACAAAUGUGCCAUAAUAAUGAGUUGCUGAGUGGUUUUGCUGUGAUUUACUUUGGUAAAUGUUUUCUAUACAACAACAAAAAAUAACAAACAAAAUAAGACGGA